AUGGAGUCAGACCAGUUCGCUCCAUCCCCAUCCGUGGCAGAUGUGCCUCUGUCUAAGAAUGCCCAAAAACGCAUUCUGAAAGCUCAGAGACGCGAAGAGAUCAAAGCCAUACGCAAGGCAAAAGAGAAGGAAAUAAAAAAGUCCAAGAAACGUUCCAGGGCCCACGAAGGACAGAUUCACGCCCCCUCCAGGGGCCGAAACUCCACCCAAACCACACCAAUGCCUUUCCUUGCGUCCGUUGUAAUUGACCUAGCUUUUGAUGAGCUCAUGACUGUGAAGGAGUGCAAGUCUAUGGCAUCUCAGCUGUGUCACACUUAUGCAUCCAACCGAAGAGCCAUUCGUCCAUUCAACUUGUUGAUUUGUACAUCUCUCAGCGGAAGAUUAAAAUGCAAACUUGACGACAUUAAUCACGGCGCUUAUCGAAGGUGGCGUCGUGUCAUGUUCUCCGAGAGCGGCUAUGAAGAACUGUGCUCUCCUUCCGCCAAUACUGUGACUGUAGGGAACGCCGGCGAAACUUCCAGCCAAACGCCCCGAUUUGACACGAACCAGCUGGUAUACUUGACUGCGGAUUCUGAAAACGAACUCAGCGAACUCAAGGAAGGCGAGGUAUACAUUAUCGGUGGUAUCGUCGAUCGGAAUCGUUACAAGAAUCUAUGUCUUCGCAAAGCACAGAAUCAGAGAAUUCGGACGGCACGUCUGCCAAUAGGGAGUUAUUUGUCCGACAUGAAGACACGCAAAAUUUUGACAGUCAACCAAGUGUUCGACAUUUUACUGCAGUGGGUUGAAACACGCGAUUGGGAACUUGCUCUCCGAGAAGUGAUGCCGAAACGGAAAAUGAAACCUUCCGACUCCAAAGAAGUACCGUUCGUUCACGUGGAGGACAUUCCUGAUCAGACAAGAACGGACCUAUGACUGAGACGGACGAUACAACGCGCUCAGUUUAAGACCUAUGUUACAUUCGAUACAAAGAAAUGGAGCCAUUACGAUUACCAUCAGAGAAUGUCCUUUAAGUUUGUGUCAGCACUUCCUCUGGUAAGAGGUUUCCGUUGAUUGGGUGUUGGUGUCCAUCCUAUCUUUGAAGGCAUCAGUCAGAAAAUAACUCAAGUGCGCAGGGAUCACCAUAUGUAUAAUUUGGAAUGUAGCGGGGAUAGUGCCUUUCUUGGUGGCGUAGAGGU